GGUUUUGACUUUUAAGUUUUAUUUAGUAUUAAGUUAUUUUAUAACUAAUAAGUUGUAUAAAUAGUGUGUUUUACCUUUCAUUUUUUUUUCCAUUAAUUGUUUGUUCCUACUUAUUUUGAACUUCCACUAACUACCUAACUGACGUGACGUUCAUUGCUGCGUUAAGUAUAAUUUUGUGGAAUAUGAGCAAAAAAGCAAAAACCACACCUAAAGAAGAAUUACCUCCAGGAUCAUUAUUAAAAGAUAUUAAAGGUAUUGAAUGGGAAAUUCAAAAUAUAAUUGGUAGUGGAGGAUUUGGAUAUGUUUAUAGUGGAACGAAACAUAAGUCUAGAACAAAAACCGAAUAUGCAAUUAAGACAGAAAAUAUGGAAAGUGGACCCCUGUUUGUAGAGCGGAUGUUUUAUCUUAAAAAUGUGAAGGAAGAAGAUGUUAAAAAAUGGAUAACAAUUAAAAAGUUGAAAGAAUUACCAAUUCCAAGAUUCUAUGGUUUUGGGAGUACUAUUCACAAUGAUAAUAAAUAUAGGUUUAUAGUCAUUGAAAAGUUUGAUAAAGACUUGGAGACAUUUCUUCAAACUGUUUCAGAUAGCUUACUACUAGGAGCUGUUAUUAACAUAGUUCGACAGAUUAUUGAUGCCUUAGAGUUUAUACAUGAAUGUGGAUAUGUUCAUUGGGAUAUAAAAUGUCAAAAUAUAUUUAUUGGUAAAAAACCAAAAAAUAAUCAUGUGUAUUUAGGAGAUUUUGGUAUGGUAACUAAAUAUAAAACUGAAGAUGUUAAGCCAGAUAAAAAAUGUGCUAAUAAUGGUACAUUAAAUUAUAUAGCUUUAGAUGGCCACCUUGGAAUGCAUACUCGGCGAGGUGAUUUGGAAAGUCUAAUGUACAAUGGCUUAGAAUGGUUAAAAAUAAAAUUACCUUGGAAAAAUUUAACAUUGCCAAAAACCAUUAAGUCUAAAAGUGAGAUGAAAGAAGCAAUUUUAGCUGCAGGGCCAAAUAAAAAAAUUUAUGAUUUUAAUAAUGUACCAAAUUGUUAUUUUGAAACCAUGAAUUUGAUUUAUAAUAUGGAACCUGCUGAAAAACCAGAUUAUGUUUUGUUGAAAAAGCUGCUAAAGCAGUAUAAAACAGAGAAGUUGAGUUCAAAAUAACAACUACUCAAGUAAAAUGUAAUUUUUAUAAUAAAGUAAAUAAACAAUGAAAUGUUAAGUAUA